AUGAAACAGUUGACAGCUUUAAUUCCAAAAGUGCCAUGUAAUUAUCCCAACAAUCACUGGCCUCAUCUCAAUGGAUUAACACUAGCUGAUCCAACAUUCAACACUCCACAAUCGAUAGACAUUCUACUUGGAGCUGACUUCUAUGGAGAAAUCAUCAAACAAAAUAUCAUAUUUCAUUCUCCAACAGCUCCUAUAGCUCAACUUUCUAUCUUUGGUUGGCUAAUUCUUGGUCCAGUAGCACCAAAUUCAUCAGUCAAUCACUAUCACAUUCAUCAUGCUACUACAAUUACGAACCAUGAAGACAUUCAAGAGUUGCUAACAAAAUUCUGGGUCCAAGAAGAAGUCCCUAUGUCAAAUCAACAUCAAUUAUCAUCCUUGGACCAACAAUGUGAAGAUUUCUUUAAAUCAACUCACUCUAGACAUUCAUCAGGACGAUAUAUUGUUAGAAUCCCACUCAUUUCUUCACCCUCAGCUCUUGGGGACUCCUAUACAACUGCGUAUCGAUGUUUGAGGCGUCAGUUGAGGAGAUUAACCAACGAGACUGAAUACAGUAAUCUGUACAGACAAUUCAUGAAAGAAUACGAAGAACUCGGUCAUAUGAGACCUGCUCCAACAAUCAAUCCAGAAUCUCAAGACAUUCAUCCAUAUUUUCUUCCUCAUCAUGGGGUAUUAAGGCCAAGUAGCACUACCACCAAGCUCAGAGUAGUCUUCAAUGGAUCCAGCCCGACGUCAACUGGAAUCUCAUUGAAUGACAUCACUCAUACUGGAGCAAAAAUUCAAUUAGACAUCUUCGACGUACUUCUUUGGGUUCGUCAACAUCAAUACGUAUUCGCAACUGUUGCGAUUAAGAUCAGAAAACUUAAUAAUUAA